UUAAAAUUUGGAAUAAAAUAUACUUGACGGGCCUCUGCCGAACCCAAAACUGACGUUGUGGGUAUCCGUGUCUCUUCUUCGCUUUCCUCUCUGUUUAGAUUUAGCGUCAGGAACAAUAUUCGAUCAAUUUUUGGUGCAAGAACGCAGGUUGAUCUGUGUAGGCACCUUCACCGAUGGCGCUUCGACGGCUCGUUGAGAGGACUUCUAUUAACCAGAUUCCGAAUCAGCUUUUUCCUGCUUUGAGACAAUCGUUUUUAACUGCUGCUUCUCCUAGCGAAUCUAUCCGUGCUACCCUCUUUCCUGGUGAUGGAAUUGGACCUGAGAUUGCUGAAUCUGUUAAGCAGGUGUUCAAUGCAGCACAAAUUCCAAUAGAAUGGGAGGAACAUUUUGUGGGUGACAAAGUAGAUCCAAGAACAGAGAGCUUUCUCACAUGGGAAAGUCUGGAAUCAGUUCGAAGAAAUAGGGUUGGAUUGAAAGGUCCUAUGGCUACCCCUAUUGGAAAAGGUCACCGCUCAUUGAAUCUCACCUUAAGGAAAGAACUUGGCCUCUAUGCCAAUGUUAGACCUUGCUAUAGCCUUCCAGGCUAUAAAACACGAUAUGAUGGUGUGAAUCUUGUGACCAUCCGUGAAAAUACAGAAGGAGAGUAUAGUGGCCUUGAACACCAGGUUGUAAGAGGUGUUGUUGAAAGUCUGAAGAUUAUUACUCGACAAGCAAGCUUAAGGGUGGCAGAGUAUGCUUUUCAUUAUGCAAAAGUAAAUGGCCGCCAGCGAGUGUCUGCUAUACACAAAGCCAAUAUUAUGAGGAAGACUGAUGGUCUUUUUCUCAAGUGUUGCCGAGAGGUUGCAGAAAAGUACCCAGAAAUAACUUAUGAGGAAGUUAUAAUUGACAACUGCUGUAUGAUGCUUGUGAAAAAUCCCUCUCUCUUUGAUGUACUGGUGAUGCCCAAUCUAUACGGAGAUAUAAUCAGUGACCUCUGUGCAGGCCUAAUUGGAGGUCUGGGCUUAACCCCUAGUUGCAACAUUGGUGAAGGUGGCAUUGCCCUAGCAGAAGCUGUUCAUGGUUCAGCCCCUGAUAUUGCUGGCAAGAAUCUUGCAAAUCCAACGGCCCUCCUGCUGAGUUCUGUUAUGAUGCUACGACACUUGAAUUUAAAUGACAAAGCUGACCAAAUUCAUAAUGCUAUACUUAGUACUAUUGCGGAAGGAAAGUAUCGGACUGUUGAUCUUGGUGGAAGUUCAUCGACGACAGACUUUACCAAAGCAGUAUGUGAUCAUCUCUAAGGAUUGCAUGAUUCCCAUUUUUCUCAGGCAAUUCUUCUAAAGUUUGGUUGGAGGCAGUCAUGAGGUGCACCCCCACCCUAUUAUUAUUAGUAUUAUUAGUAUUAUUAUUAUUAUUAUUAUUAUAUCAAUAAUACUCUUUGAGAUUUUUCCUCGUUUACAUUCCACUUUCCUCCGGUGAGGUAACACUUUCAUAAUCAACUUAAAAAUAUGCACGAGAUUUCCCUUCAUGUUCAACUUUAUUGUUUCAAAUGAUGUUUGGAUGAAUCUUUCCAGUUCCCUGGGUUGCAUAUAUUAACAUUUCAAAGCAUUUAUCACUA